AUGGCAUCGGCAGCGGUUCAACAGCCCGGCGGUCACUCGACCUCAUUUGAGCCCUUGACGGCACAAUUGAAGAGCACUUCUGCGCCUCAACCGGAGAAACAUCAUGUCCAGACGCAGUUGAACUACUACAAGGACCCUGGCGAUGGGAGUCCCCCCGCUCCAAGUUAUGUUGGCAAGCCCGAGACCUACGAGAGACCGGUGCAAACGCUCGAUGUGACGGUACAUGAUAUCCGGGGCGAAGAGAAGAACUACACGCUCGACAAGAGUGGCUUUGAGAUCUACCGUCACACGAGUGUCGAAAAGGACUUUGUCGACGAUGAGCAGAUCAAGGCACAGUACUACCCGGAGACCGAACAGCUGUUGAAGGAUGCAACUGGAGCCUCGCGCGUCCUGAUCUUCGACCACACGAUCCGCCGCGCGCAAAAGGACGAACGGGGCAAUGCCAUCACCGCCGCUCCGCUCCGCGGGCCCGUGAACCGCGUGCACAUCGACCAGAGCUACAGCGCCGCCAAGUCGCGCGUGCCCUUCCACCUGCCCGACGAGGCCGACGCCCUGCUCAAGACCCGCUACCAGAUCAUCAACGUCUGGCGGCCCAUCAAGACCAUCUACAAGGACCCCCUCGCCGUCGCCGAGGCGCACUCCGUGCCCGACUCGGACCUCGUCGGCGUUGGCCUGAUCUACCCGACCCGCAAGGGCGAGACUUACACGGUGCGACCCAACCCGGAGCACAAGUGGCACUUUUUGUACGGCCAGACGCCCGAAGAGGUGCUUUUGAUCAAAUGCUUCGACUCCAAGUUGGACGGCCGCGCGAGGAGAGUGCCGCAUACCGCGUUUGUGAACCCCGACACGGUCAAUGAGUACUCGAGAGAGUCGAUUGAGGUGCGAGCUUUGGUUUUCCAUGAGGAUCAGACUGCAGAGUGA